GACUUAUCUGAUCAUCACUUCUUUGUGACUCUGUCCGUCUCCUUCUACUUCUCUUCUCUCUGAGAAGACCGAAGGCAAGAGGGAGAGUAGCACCUCUCCCAUACAAAUACCGAACCCCGAACAGCCUCUUAUUAUGAAAAUCCAUAAAUACCCCUCUUCUUUCUCACCUAUAUAAUUCCGCAAAUGAAAUUAGACCACCUUCUUAGAAUAAUAAACCCGCAAAACCACUCUCACAAUCACAAGAAAGAAAAGAUCGAAACCAUAACCAUUUCUCUCUGAUUCUCGAAAGCCAAUCAGAUUUGACCACUCCUCUCUUCCUUCCUUCUUCUCACGAAGGUGUUCCAAUCGCAGCUUACUGCACUAUAUGCUUCGUGUAAAGCGACCCUGCGAAGGAGUGUUUGUAGAAGAAGACACUCAGAGCAUAAUCAGCAACAACAACAGCGUUUUCUUCAAGAAGAAUCGGAACACAGUUUCCUCUGCCCCAACCGAUACCGCUGUGGACUCCACAGUGAACAAAGACAACAGUAGCUUCUGUAGCAGCAGUAGUAACAACGACACCAGCAACAGCCGAACAACUAUGGCUUUGGGUGAAUCCAACCCACCGGAUAUUGAUGAGGAUCUGCACAGCCGACAGCUCGCUGUGUAUGGCCGUGAGACAAUGAGGAGGCUGUUUGGGUCCAAUGUGUUGGUCUCAGGGAUGCAGGGCCUUGGUGUUGAGAUCGCAAAGAAUCUCAUUCUUGCGGGUGUCAAAUCUGUGACAUUGCAUGAUGAGAGGACUGUAGAGCUAUGGGAUCUGUCCAGUAAUUUUGUGUUUUCAGAGAAUGACAUUGGAAAAAACAGGGCACUGGCUUCUGUUAGUAAGUUGCAGGAGCUCAAUAAUGUAGUGGUUGUACUAACAUUGACAACUGAACUGACAACAGAGCAGCUUUCUAGAUUUCAGGCUGUUGUUUUCACUGAAAUUAGUCUUGAGAAAGCUAUUGAGUUCAAUGAUUUCUGCCACACUCAUCAGCCUCCUAUUGCUUUUAUCAAAACUGAAGUUAGAGGUCUUUUUGGCAAUGUGUUCUGCGAUUUUGGGCCUGCAUUCACUGUCGUCGAUGUUGAUGGAGAGGAACCCCAUACUGGUAUAGUUGCAUCAAUCAGCAAUGACAACCCUGCUCUAGUAUCUUGUGUUGACGACGAGAGGCUUGAGUUUCAGGAUGGAGAUCUUGUUGUAUUCUCUGAAGUUCAUGGUAUGAAAGAAUUGAAUGAUGGAAAGCCCAGAAAGAUAAAAAAUGCUAGAGCAUAUUCAUUUACCCUUGAAGAAGACACUACAAACUAUGGUGGUUAUGAGAAAGGUGGUAUUGUCACACAGGUCAAACAGCCCAAGAUAUUGAACUUUAAGCCACUCAGGGCAGCACUAAGUGAUCCAGGAGAUUUUCUUCUGAGUGAUUUUUCUAAGUUUGAUCGCCCGCGUCUUCUUCACAUAGCAUUUCAGGCUUUGGAUAAGUUUAUUUCUGAGUUGGGUCGCUUACCUGUUGCUGGUUCAGACUCUGAUGCUCAGAAGCUUAUAUCCAUUGUUAGUGAUUUCAAUGACGCCUUAGCUGAUGAUAAAUUGGAAGAUAUAAAUCCAAAACUUCUGCGAUAUUUUGCCUUUGGUGCUAGGGCCGUUUUGAACCCUAUGGCUGCCAUGUUUGGUGGAAUUGUCGGACAAGAGGUUGUCAAAGCAUGUUCUGGGAAGUUUCAUCCGCUUUUUCAGUUUUUCUACUUUGAUUCUGUUGAGUCACUUCCUACAGAACCAGUGGAUCCUGAUGAUUUAAGGCCAGUAGGUAGUCGAUAUGAUGCACAGAUAUCAGUUUUUGGACAGAAGUUACAGAAGAAAUUGGAGGAUUCUCAAGUGUUUGUUGUUGGAUCUGGUGCUUUAGGAUGUGAGUUUUUGAAAAAUCUUGCUCUCAUGGGAGUUUCUUGUGGAAGUCAAGGGAAGCUGACAAUUACUGAUGACGAUGUUAUAGAGAAGAGUAACCUAAGCAGGCAGUUCCUUUUCCGUGAUUGGAAUAUUGGACAGGCGAAGUCUACGGUUGCUGCUUCAGCUGCUGCAUCUAUAAAUACUGCAUUGAAUGUUGUUGCUCUGCAAAAUCGUGUUAGCAGUGAAACUGAAAAUGUAUUUCACGAUGCCUUCUGGGGAAACUUGAGUGUCGUGAUCAAUGCGCUAGACAAUGUCAAUGCGAGAUUAUAUGUUGAUCAAAGAUGCUUGUAUUUCCAAAAGCCUCUUCUGGAGUCUGGAACUCUUGGAACCAAAUGCAAUACCCAGAUGGUCAUUCCUCACCUAACGGAAAACUAUGGUGCAUCAAGAGAUCCACCAGAGAAACAGGCACCAAUGUGUACAGUACACUCAUUUCCACACAACAUUGACCACUGCUUGACAUGGGCCCGUUCAGAGUUUGAGGGUUUGCUUGAAAAAAUGAAUGCCUAUUUGUCUAAUCCCAACGAAUAUACUAAUGGAAUGAGGAAUGCUGGUGAUGCUCAAGCAAGGGAUAACCUGGAGCGUGUUCUUGAGUGCCUGGACAGGGACAAGUGUGAAACUUUUGAAGACUGUAUUACUUGGGCUCGCCUAAAGUUUGAAGAUUAUUUUGCUAACCGGGUGAAGCAGUUAAUAUAUACUUUUCCCGAAGAUGCUCAAACCAGCACUGGAUCUCCAUUCUGGUCUGCACCGAAAAGAUUUCCCCAUCCACUACAGUUCUCAGCCUCUGAUGCAGGUCACGUACAUUUUGUGAUGGCAGCUGCUAUUUUACGAGCAGAGAGUUUUGAUAUCCCAAUCCCCGACUGGGGAAAGAACCCUACAAAGUUGGCUGAAGCAGUUGAUAAAGUGAUAGUACCUGAUUUUCAGCCUAAGAAAGAUGUGAAUAUAGUGACAGAUGAGAAGGCCACCAGUCUCUCUACUGCUUCCAUAGACGAUGCAGUUGUUAUCGAUGAUAUAAUAAUCAAGUUAGAGAGGUGCCGAGCAAAUUUGCCACCAGAGUUCAGGAUGAAACCAAUACAAUUUGAGAAGGAUGAUGAUACAAACUACCAUAUGGAUGUUAUAGCUGGGCUUGCCAAUAUGAGGGCACGGAAUUACAGCAUUCCCGAGGUUGACAAGCUGAAAGCCAAGUUCAUCGCCGGACGGAUCAUUCCCGCAAUUGCAACCUCAACUGCUAUGGCUACUGGUCUUGUCUGCUUGGAGCUUUACAAAGUCUUGGAUGGAAGACACAAAGUGGAAGAUUACAGAAACACAUUUGCUAACCUAGCUCUGCCUCUGUUUUCAAUGGCUGAGCCAGUUCCUCCAAAGGUUAUGAAGCAUCAGGAUAUGAACUGGACAAUUUGGGACAGAUGGGUUCUAAACGAGAAUCCUACCCUCAGGGAGCUCCUUCAUUGGCUCAAGGCGAAGGGAUUAAAUGCAUAUAGUAUUUCAUGUGGGAGUAGCAUGCUCUAUAAUAGUAUCUUCAACAAGUUCAAAGACCGAAUGGAUAGAAAAGUAGCAGAUUUGGCAAGGGAUGUGGCCAGGUUGGAGAUUCCACCAUACCGUAGCCACGUUGAUGUCGUGGUGGCCUGUGAUGAUGAUGAUGGUAAUGAUAUUGACAUCCCCCUGGUAUCCGUUUAUUUCCGUUAGGUACUUGCAUCUUACAGUAGACUUAGG